AUGGCACAGACUUUCUUUGUAGAGCUUCUUGAACACUAUAAGAAAAAGGGCGAGGAGAUUUCUCUUCUUUCCGCGCACACAAAUGCGGUCAAAGAAAUGAAGAGCGCGUACUUGGCGGCCGCGCGAAACCCCGAGAAGGCGCAUGCUGUUAUCGAGCAGUUCAGAGAAAGAAGCUCUGCUUUCUACAAAAUCUGCACAGAGAUAAAAGAAGGCAUAGAGCGCCUUUCUUUGAGCUACUCUGGAAAAGGCAUUCCGGAGAAUAGCAUCCGCCAGCACGCGCACGGCCUGUACACCCGCCUGAAGCAGGAGUCUGAGGCGUUUUUGGAGUCUAAGCUGGCGUUUUUGGACGCAAUAGACGAGCGGCAGGAGUUUGAGGCCUGCGCGGCGGAGCCUCUUGGAGAAGGCUCCGAGGCCUUGCGCGGUGCGCUCUCCGACUGCCGCGCGCCAAGCCCGCAGGGAGACGUGCGCAUACAGCAGAUUCUUUCAAACUUGAACAGCCUAAACACAGCGUUCAUUGAGCUCAGCGAAAUAGUGAGCAGCUCAAACUUUGAGAUCGAGGGGGCGGCUAACAAGCUGUUUCUAAGCAGCAACGAAACAGCUGGGGUCAACGCGCAGAUCGAGCUGGCGACUGGGCGCAGAAAAAGAAGGCGCUGGCUCAAGAUGCUGGGCGUGGCCCUGCUUGUUGUUUUUGGUGGGUGCCUGCUUGUGUUUUUCGGAAAGGAAAUACUCACGUUCAUCAUUAAAAUCAAGAAAGCUUUCAAGUAA